UUACAUUGGUUUAAGCAAUAUCCGAAGAGCUCGCGAUAAACAGGGGAAUGGUCUCCAAUGGUGAUAUGUAGCUGCAGCAGAUGAUAUAGCCUGCAUCAUGGAAGAAAUAUGAAUAGUCACGGAUUGCAAAAACGAUGUCUAGUCUUGCGUUCAAAUGUAUCAUUGAAUGAAGCCUGCAUUUACUGUAUGAAUUCGAUAUUUACAGCUGAGGAAAUUUAGCUGCUAGCUAGGUCAAGUAAGCUCGAUACUAAUUAGUUUAUUAGUCAGUGGAUGUUAGGAAUCAGGCUAGCUGACGCUAACUAGCAAGCUAGUUAACCAAUUCCACCCAUCCAAAAUAAUAGUGGAACUUCGGCGUGUAUCUUCAGCGCGGUUAUCAAUGCCUUUUUGAAGAAAGAAGAAAUAGCUAAGCCAGUUAGCUAUCUAGCAAGCAUAUGAGAAGGUAUUGAUUGAGAUUUCACCAAAUUUCCUCCACUUGAAGAAAACUGAACUAGCUGAGAUGGAUGAACAAAGUGUUGAGAGUAUUGCGGAGGUGUUUCGUUGUUUCAUCUGUAUGGAGAAGCUGCGGGACGCUCGGCUCUGCCCCCACUGCUCCAAACUCUGCUGUUUCAGCUGCAUACGGCGCUGGUUGACUGAGCAGAGAGCCCAAUGCCCACACUGUCGGGCACCACUGCAGCUGCGGGAGCUGGUGAACUGCCGUUGGGUUGAGGAAGUUACUCAGCAGCUGGACACCCUGCAGCUCUGCAACCUCUCCAAACACGAGGAGAACGACAAGGACAAGUGUGAGAACCACCAUGAGAAGCUCAGUGUGUUCUGCUGGACCUGUAAGAAGUGCAUUUGCCACCAGUGUGCUCUGUGGGGAGGCAUGCAUGGCGGCCACACCUUCAAGCCUCUGGCUGAGAUCUAUGAGCAGCACGUGACCAAGGUGAACGAGGAGGUGGCCAAGCUCCGCCGACGCCUCAUGGAACUUAUCAGCCUGGUGCAGGAAGUGGAGAGGAAUGUGGAAGCAGUGCGAGGGGCCAAGGACGAGCGAGUGCGAGAGAUCCGUAAUGCAGUGGAGAUGAUGAUCGCCCGUCUGGACAACCAGCUCAAGAACAAACUCCUCACCCUCAUGGGUCAGAAGACCUCCCUCACCCAGGAGACUGAGCUACUGGAGUCUCUCCUACAAGAGGUGGAACAUCAGCUGCGCUCCUGCAGUAAGAGCGAGUUGAUCUCCAAGAGCCCAGAGAUCCUGCUCAUGUUCCAGCAGGUUCACCGCAAGCCCAUGCAGUCGUUUGUUACCACCCCAGUCCCCCCAGACUUCACCAGUGAGCUGGUUCCUGCCUAUGACUCAAGCACUUUCGUUCUGGCAAACUUCAGCACCCUGAGACAGAGGGCAGAUCCUGUCUACAGCCCACCACUCCAGAUAUCUGGCCUCUGCUGGAGACUCAAGGUUUACCCAGAUGGCAACGGUGUGGUGCGUGGCAAUUACCUGUCAGUUUUCUUGGAACUGUCUGCAGGACUCCCUGAAACGUCGAAGUACGAGUACCGCGUGGAGAUGGUCCACCAGGCCUCCAGCGACCCCACUAAGAACAUCAUCAGGGAGUUUGCAUCAGACUUUGAGGUGGGGGAGUGCUGGGGAUACAACCGCUUCUUCAGACUGGACCUGCUGGCCAGUGAGGGCUACCUCAACAUGCAGACUGACACUCUAGUCCUCAGGUACCAGGUGCGUUCGCCCACCUUCUUCCAGAAGUGCAGAGACCAAUACUGGUACAUCAGCCAGCUGGAGUCAGCCCAGUCCAGCUACAUCCAGCAGAUCAACAAUCUCAAAGAGAGGCUGGCCAUUGAGCUGAUCUGUAGGCAGCAGUCUCGCAGCUCGUCCCCUCCUAACCGGCGCCUGGGCCCCUCGACCUCGGAGAGAGACUCACGCUCAGGGAAAGGCCCCGUAGCUGAGGACAGCUGCCAGACCACUGAGACCAAAGAGGAAGAGGAGGAGGAGGAAGAGAAGACUCAGCACGAUGACUCCAAUGAGCUGUCUGACGGGGAUUUGGAGGUGGACUGUCUGACGGGGGAUGAGGAGGUGAACCCUCUGGACGGCAGCAGCACCUCUGGCAGCUCCACGGCAACCAGCAACACCGAGGAGAACGACAUUGACGAGGAGACCAUGUCUGGGGAGAAUGACGUGGAGUUCAGUAGGAACCUGGAGAUGGAGGAGGGAGAACUGCCUGCCGAUGUGGCAGGAGCAGCAGGAAGCUCUAACCCCGGGGCCAGGUGUCUGAGGCGUAGUGGUGGUCUCUCCUCCGCUGGCAGCAACAACAGUUUGCUAGAAAUCGACCCCGUCAUCCUCAUCCAGCUACUGGAUCUGAAGGAGCGCAGCAGUGUGGAGUCACUGUGGGGCCUUCAACCCAGACCCCCUGCCUCCCUGCUGCACAGCCAAGUCCAAGUCCACUCCAGGAAGGAGCGGGGUGAGCGCAGGCCUCAGACAGUGCGGCGGGGAGCCCCAGACUCUGGGGUCCUGAUUCGGCUCAAGGCACAGAUGGCCGAGGUGCGCAGUAAGAUGUCGGAUGUCAAGUGUCAGCUGGAGGCACGGGGGGAGACCAAGGCAGGGCCCUCCGGCAGGGCCACAGGGGUGGAGCAGGGGCCCUCUUACCACUCAGAGCUAGGGCCCAGCAGGAAGGCCAUAGAGCUAGAUCUGAUGGGGAAAGGACCCGGGGUCUCCAGACACUGUCGCUCUGGAGGGAAGAAGGCCUCAUCCCCCAAGCAGGAUGGGAGCAGGCUGGGCCUAAGGAGGGCUGCAGACGUAGUUGAGAAGGAGCUGAGAGGCCAGAGCGGUGGAGAGUCGUCCAGCGACCAAAGCCUCUUUCCCAGGGGCACCUCCAACGGAUCAGAGGGAGCCCUGAAGCCACGCAGCGCCCACAGCUCCCCUCCCUACCUGGGCAGCUCGUCGUCCUGCUCCGAAAACAAACCCUGCAGCUCCAAACACGACCAGGAGCAGCUCUAUGGGUCCGACCUGUACGCUCUGGAGUUCCUCAGCGGCAUCUCCACCGCCACCAUGACACGAUCCAGGACCAAACCCAUAGGGGCCGGCCUGCUGACGGACAGCUCUCUGGACUGUGACUCGGAGCCGGCUGAGAUCCGCCAGUCACUGCUCUCCCUGGCAGAGGAACCCUCUUCAUGCCCCAACGAAGGUCAUGUUGUCCAGAAGCGGACGGUGGUACUGCUGCCAGGUAUGAGUAGUGAUAGUGAGAUCGACUGUGACACAGAGAACGAGGACGAGGUGGUGGUCCUGGAGGCUGGAGAUUGUCGCUACGACACCCCGGCACUGCCCUGCGCAGGGGACCAGUUGAUCUCUGAUGACCUAAGCUUCACCACAGGAGAGACCACAGAGAGGUGAUUUCCCCUCCAAUUUGGACACCACAGCCAGUCUAAACAGUGGCAAUAUCCAUGUGGGAACUGCAUCGUAGUGUAUUUAACUUUAAUGCACAUGAGCAUUUGUGUAGACACUUGCAUGCACUCAUUCUAGUCACUGACAACCCAAAUGCUACGAGAAUGCUACAACUCACUAAAUAAGCACCUUGAUGAUGACGACUAACUGCAAAAUGUGUCACAAUAUAUUUGGUCACAGUCAUUCAUUUUUUCAUUUAAAUGUACAUUUUAUGAUAUAUGAGUUUAUGGGGCGAUGAACAAUAUAUCUGCGAGAGACAUAUUCCUGUCAGUGUGAAAUAAAAUAGGAAGUUAUAAUAUGUAACUAAUGAGGUCAUGGUUGACAUUUGCAAUGUCUACAUACUCAGAUUGGGCUUUGGUCUGGUCAUUAUGAGCUAAGGUGAAUUUUUAGAAAGAAGCAGGGGGCACCUGCUUCACAACAGAAAGAGAACAUCAAAAGCUCUCUGCCUUUCUGAUUCAAUGAGGUGCUAUUGAUGUAUUUGUGUGGAGGAGCACAGUCAGGCAGGUAUCACACAGUGCUGUAAUGAACACUCAAUUCUGGUUAACAGUCUAAACAAAUGCCUUGAAAUGAAGUGGACACAUUUACAACCUUAAUUCCUGUAUCAACAUCGCUUAAAACGUGUUAGGAACCCUUUAUUUAAACUGAAGGAAAGGCAGGGAUGAAACACGAGGAAAAAUUGCCCAAAGUCCCCUCUGUGUAAAUCUUGUUAAUUUAAACUACUGUAUUUCAUCAACUUCUCCCGUUAGAUUGGAGUUGCUUUCCCCCCAGUAAAUCGUUCAUAACAAAAACCAGUUUUGCUGCUGUGUAGACAGACAUUGAAGAGUGGAUCAAUGGUACGUCCUCUGGCCUGUGUAAAAGAUUGCUACAUUUUGAAUUAGUAUUGAGUGAAUUCUUAGUAAGGGAAAUGACUCUUGCUCACAGUAUUGAGUGGAUUCUGACUGAAUUGAUUAUUAACAAUUCUUGAUUGACGGUCUGGGCUUCAAGUGCUCGUUGCCCUUGUCUCUUCGUUGCACAUCAAAGCUGACAUACAUUAUUCGUACAUACAGGGUUCUUUCUUUCAUGAAGAAGUGUUUUCUGCAGCUCUUGUCAAGAUGAGCUCUGUAACAUAGGCGCAUGUGUAGGUGUUGUUUUGAGUUUUCUUCCCUGAUUGCAUUUGUGUCCACACUGUAAUUUCCAUCUUCACUCUUUUCCUGUGCUGUGUGAGCAACUCCUCCCAGUUCUGCUUGACUUAGAAAAAUGGGUCCAUACAUAUUCACCGGUUUUGACUUCUAUGAAGCAGAUGCAACUCAGUGGAUUCCUUUCCCUGUUCAAACAUGGUCUUAAAUGGAUUCAAAUGUUACAUUCCAUCUUCUUGGGUCUAGAUUGAUUUUAUUUGACUGAGUUAAUUAUUAGCAAAAAUUGGUUUGACUGAGACGUGUGUAAGUGUUUGUUUUGUACAAAGACUCCCCAAUAAUGAUGUGAAUAUUUUUCUUUAAAGUAUUUAAUUGGACCAAUUACCUUUUGAAUUUUUUCCUUUUUGCCCAUCAGAGGGUGCCAUUUCUGCCUUAAAGUUUAGCUUUGCUCUGUGACCGUGGACCAUUUUUCUUUACACAGUAGAAUUUUAUUGCUUUCAACCCUUAAAAUGAAUCUAAAGACCACACUAGCGACCACAUGGACAUCAUAAUAGAAACUGUAGUUGCUUUUUGCACCAUGGAGAACAAUGAACACUGACAGACGUUCAUUGAAAAAAGUGGUGACCCAAACCGAAUCUGUAAACAUUUCGAGAUGUCUCAAAGUAUACUAAUGUGCUUUGACUAAUAAGGAAAUAUAUUCUUAAUGCCUGAGUGGAGAGCUGAGUGGUUAACGCUGUUAAUAUCUUCCUAUGUCAGCUAUAGGAUGCCUGACGCUAAACCCACAGCUGCACAUCUUCCUAAUGUUCCAUCGUGUGCCUAAAAUCACAUGGCUUUAAUAGGGUUGAACAGGCAGACAGUGUGGAAAAUAUGCGUAAAACCUCUUGUGCCCUUGAAAGGGUGUUUGUAUAUACAGCUCGAGACUCAUCCUGAUAUGGUCUUAUUGUGUCUAUAUCGAUUUCUGUGUUGUGUGUGUGUAUACACUGCACACUUCUGUUACUUCCCAGGUUUGAGGUGUGUGUGUGUGUGUGUACACUGCACAAUUCUGUUACUGCCCAGGUUUGAGAUGUAUGUGUGUGUGUACACUGCACAUUUCUGUUACUGCCCAGGUUUGAGAUGUAUGUGUGUGUGUACACUGCACAUUUCUGUUACUGCCCAGGUUUGAGGUGUGUAUACACUGCACAUUUCUGUUACUGCCCAGGUUUGAGAUGUAUGUGUGUGUGUACACUGCACAUUUCUGUUACUGCCCAGGUUUGAGAUGUAUGUGUGUGUGUACACUGCACAUUUCUGUUACUGCCCAGGUUUGAGAUGUAUGUGAGUGUUGGGCUGGUUGAGGAAAGGAGCUAGAAAGAAGGUGAUUAGAUGUUUUUGAGUGUACAUGCUUUCCUUGUGUCUGAGUGUUUUAUUUUGUAUUGUCCCAGAAUGCAGUGGGAAUUUAUGUUGGGAAUGUCUUUUUAUUCAUUUUUUGUACUUAUAUAAUAUGACAUGAACAAAUUAAAAUAUUGUUUGGUUUCUUGAA